AUGGGAAAACCAGAACAUGAGCGUCGGGAGACUGCUCCCAUGAGCUCCGCUCCGCUUCAAGCGCCAGAUCAGCGAUCGCAUGCUUCCGGAAGGGAGGGGAAAGGGACUGAUGAACGGAAUGAACGCCUCACGUGGGAAAAUGAUGAACGUCUCCAAUCAUACAAUGCCCUGGAGAGUUCUCUUAAUCCACCACCGUUCAGGAUCCCCAAGGCCUCCCUUUCCUGCACUCGCGCAGCACGAUCAGGCAAUGCGAGCACCGUGGAUGGUGCCUUGGCUGGAGAAGAAACUCGCCAAGUGGUGGCCACGAACAAUCUCAACAACGCCAAUGCCACCACUUCGACAGCCAAUCUUUUAAACGAUCUUCUACGGCUCGAGCUCGACGCAAUUGCCAACAAUCAUGUGGAAUUCGCCGAACCUUGGUAUGUUCAAGAGGGCGCACGAGCCUGGAAACCAGGGUUCAGGCCGAGCGCACAGCCAAAGCCGAUCGAGGACACCCGCCACGUCAAGAAGCGGAGCGCACAGCCAGAGUCAACCGAGGACACACGCCCAGCCAAGAAGCGGAGCGCACUCCCAGCGCCAGAGCCGAUCCACGACAGCCGCCAAGUCAAGAAGCAGGAACUGGAAGCUGCGCAGAUACUGCAGGGGAUGAAGUACUCCGUCCCGUCCAAGUACGCCAAGAGAGACUAUCUGGACCCCCCGCCAGGACCUGAGCAGUAG